AGGGGCAUAUCCACCAGCCCCAAGGCACUCACUCUGUAAUUCGCAUAUGAAUACUAUGCCUAACUGCUCUCGUCGGCACACCCUUUCCAUCUCAACCAAGCCUCUGAACGACCGCGACGACCGUGACGACCUCUAGACAACGCCAACAUGAUAGGCAACUCCGUUCCGGAGUACAUCUUCAUCCGCACCUGCAUCGCGGGGCUCCGUCUCGUAGCUCCUCUGAGUUUCGUUUACACUCUCGCCAGUUGGCGGGAAGGCCGCUUUCUGUGCUCUCCGUGGGUCGGAGCGUACGCGCUGGUGGAGGCGUGCUUUUACUUGUUCGUGUAUCUCCCGCGAUCCUUUCUCCUUCAGAAGGCUGCGACCCAUCCGCCUCCGCUCUCCCGCAAGGAGCGCGAAGCCCUCUUCGAGAAAUGUUUCGGCUACAUCGCCAAGAUGAAUAUGGCCACCGGCUGGUUCUUCGGCGGCGACGCCUCACUCAUCAAGCGCGAGAACAUGCGGGAAUGGCUCCUGUGGGCCCUCUUCGGCUGCAAUCGCGACAGCGCACGGCCGGAAUGGGACGAUGAAAUCGAGGGGUAUCUCGCAAUGCUGGAGAACUACAUGGGCAAGCCGCUGGAAGGCGGCUGGAGCGAGGUGGCGCGGUGCAUGCGCCUGACGCUGGAUCCCGUUGUCAUGCUGCACAGGCCGCUGGUCUGGUACGCGAUCGUGGGUCUCGUCGAUACCGUGACCUGCGUCCGGUUGGCUCUCGCAGGUUUCACGCACCGCGACACCAGAAACCCGUUCUCUUCGUUCCCCUUCCGGCUGUGGUCCCUCUUCUCGCAGCGCACACCCGAGCCUUCCCUCGCGUACUGGUACCGGCCGCAUCGCUCCAAGACCAAGCUGCCUGUUGUUUUCCUUCAUGGCAUCGGGAUCGGGCUCUGGCCCUACGUCACGUUCUUCCGCGAGCUAGCGGCGCAAGACCCAGACGUAGGCAUCAUCGCCAUCGAGAACCUCUCCAUCAGCAUGCGCAUCUCCCCGCCUCCCCUCCGGCGCGCGCACAUGCUCGCCGCGCUCACGACCGUGCUCCGGCACCACAACAUCUCCACGUUCGUCCUCGCCGCGCACUCUUACGGCACCGUCCUCUCCGCGCACGUCCUGCGCGACGCCGCGCUCUCGCAGCGCGUCGCGGCCACGCUGCUCAUCGACCCGAUCCCGUUCCUGCUCUACCUCCCGCCCGUCGCGUACAACUUCGUGUACCGCGAGCCGCGCGCGGCGAGCGAGUGGCAGCUGUGGUACCUCGCGAGCCGCGACCCCGACAUCGCGCGCGCGCUCUCGCGGCACUUCUUCUGGACGGAGAACGUGCUCUGGAAGGAGGACCUCGAGGGCCGCGAGACGGCGGUCGUGCUCUGUGGCGAGGACCAGAUCGUCGACUCGCGGGAGGUGAUGGCGUACCUCACUGGCUCCGAGGACCUGAGUCUGCGCUGGAAGAAGGACGGCCUAGAAGUCCUGUAUUUUCCGGGCUUGGACCACUCGAACCAAUUUUAUCACGAGGAGUGUAGACGGCCCAUGAUCGAGGUGUUGUCGAGGUUCGUGAAUAAUGGGCUCACGGUAGAGGAGCUGUCGAAGUCAAAGGAGUCGUAACCCCGAUCACUACUGUACUAUAGUACUUACCGCUUGUUCCCUAAAUUGCGCAUGUGUACGGAAGAC